ACUCGAUCCGCUCCUCUUCUCCUCCCCAAACCCGGCCGGACGGGCAGCGGAGCAAAGCCGCCGCCUCAGUCGUCGGCGAGCCAUGGAGCGCUCCAGUACCGCCGCCGCAGAUCUGUGCCGGUACAUGGCGGAGCAACGCGCGGCGUGCGAGCGGCAGAUCGCCCGUGGCCACGAGCGCACGGCGGCGGCCGCCGACGCUUUCCGCGCCGCCAUCGCCUCGGCCCGCUCGCUCGCCGACGAAACCGUCGCCCAACGAGAAAAACUCAACAGACUGAAGGAUCAGUUCAGGGGACUUGAAGCAGGUCUUGCAGAAGCUCUGUCCAUCCAACUAAACAAAGGAUCAGAAUGUGAGCGCACCAGUGAGUCAAUUUCGAGUGCCACUACAACAAAUGAGCAGCUCAACAACUUGGUCAUGGAUCAGAGGACUCGGAGAGAUGAAUAUGCAAACGUCAUAUCUAAGCAGCUUGAAGCUGUUGAAACUCUUGAAGCUAACAUUGAUGCGACAGGGGAAAAGAACCUAGAUGAAGCUAUUACUUGGUACAAUAAAUUUCUUGGUUUUCGAGUUGUUGCAGGGGAAGGUAAUGAAAGUUUCGAUAACAUGGUCAAUCAAGUUAGCAUCAUGUCUGACGUUUCUCUUUUGUUUCAAGGCGUUAAAUUUGUCUUCAACAAAGUUAACAUGCAAAGUCCUGACAAUGAGUAUUUGUUUUGCAUGAAGGUCACUAAAGAUAAAUACAGCUUAAUUCAAUGUGAUCCAUUACUGAAAGAUUCUGAAGAAUUGGUGAAGGAUCUGAACUGCACAAACGAUCUGUUCAAGUUUGUUAGAAUCAUGAGAGCAAGAUUCCAAGCGGCUGCAACGAAAGGGGUUCAUCCUGCAAGUUCAUUUUGCCCAGACACAUCAUCCAUAACAGCUUCGUCACCACCGGCUUUGUCCGUUGAUACCACAAGCGAAAGCACCAGCAAUCAAAGCCAUUCUCGAAGUCGGUCAAAGAAUCAAGACAUGCAUGCAAAGAGAGGGCGUACUCCCCGAUCAGCAGCAUCUCCCCUUGCAACGCCAUCUAGCAUGCGUCGGUCCCCACGUUUUGUGGCCGUGGAUGCGGGGAAUAGGCAUUAAGAUAAUAGCCAAAUUAAAACCACUUGAGUUCGACUAUACAGUGCAAUUUGGCCAUGUCGCAGUUUAGAUGGUCCCCCUGAUGGAGCAAUUUCUCAGCCAGACAAACUGAAUAAGCAGUGACUGUUCGUAGACACAGGUGUUCCAUCUCGAACUCCCCAUUCGUGGCUUCUCGACCUUUCAACCUAACACCAACGGCUCUCAUCAAUCUGUACAGCAAAGUGAAGUGAAGUAUCCAGUAAAUCUCCCAUCAGCGUUGCAGCUGUAGGUAGCUUCAGUUUGGUCCCUGAUGUGCCAUUGUUAGUGUUGUAUAAUAUUUUGUGAUUCUGUCAACUGUUUGACAGUUUUCUAUCUGAAACUCGCAUAGUACCUUCCUGUUCUGUAUGGCAUAAUCUUCCUAAUAAUCUUUGUAACGUAAGCACGAUUGAGUUUUCUGCUUUAAAGCUGUUGUAAUUCCACUGUGCUCUGUUGCCUUACAAAAUUGUAAUCCCAGUUCCGGACUUCUUCAA